AUGGCAAACUCAACCUCUGACGGCUGUUCCCUCACCGCCGAUGAUGCCUUCGGGCCAAUCAUCCAGCACUGUCGCGACGGCUUCGACUUUACUCUCACAUUUGAACAAUGCCUCUUCACCAUCCUUCCCGCCUCGCUCCUCAUCCUCAUCGCGCCCUUACGCUUCCGCUACCUCGGCAAACUCCCCUACGCCGUCAACGGCACCACGCUCCGUCUAACAAAACAGGCCGCCAUCGCACUCCUCGCCGUCCUGCAACUGGUUCUCAUAGGUUUGUGGUCAACGCACCGCCGCGGCGACGUCGUCGUCGGGGGCGGGGAAGGGGCCAGCAGCAGCAGCCGCUUGCGCGCCGUCUCCAUCGCCGCCUCAUGCGCGUCCUUUGCGGCCAGCGUCAUGUUUGCCGGACUUUCGUACAUAGAACACGCGAAGAGCCUUAAGCCUUCGUCCAUCCUGAAUACAUAUAUCCUCGUGUCCCUGGUGCUGGACGGAGCCAUCCUCCGCACCAUGUGGCUGUCGCACCUAAGCGUCGCCAUCAGCGCCGUCUUCGCCGCGUCUUUCGCGUGCAAGGCGGCCAUCGUGAUCCUCGAAGCCCAGGAGAAGACGCGUUACCUCGUGUCGUCGUCGUCGUCGUACGGCCCCGAGGAGACCAGCGGCAUCUACAGCCGCGGCCUCUUUUGGUGGCUUACGCCGCUGCUGCUGACGGGAUUCCGUCGUCUCCUGAAGCCGCUGGACCUGUUCAUCCUGGACGGGUCCAUGUCGGCUGCUGCGCUGAAUGAGAGGUUCUGGCUUCACUGGAACAAGUCCCCGUCGAGCCUCUCGACGGGCGACGAACAGCCUGGUGAAGCAUCACGAUCGUCGUCGAGGUACCGUCUCAUCAGGACGUGCAUCGUCACGCUGAAAUGGCAGUUGCUGGCAGUUGUCCUCCCCAGGCUCUUCCUGCUCGGCUUCACCAUUUGCCAGCCCCUGAUCUUGAAUCGGUUCCUCGACUUUUUGCAGAACCCAUCCGAGACGGCCAACCAUGGCUACGGCCUCGUUGGUGCCUACGGGCUCGUGUACCUGGGCAUUUCCAUCUCGUCGAGCUUCUACUGGCACGCCGCUUUCCGGUGCCUGACUAUGCUCCGGGGCGUCUUGGUCGCUGCCAUCUACACCAAGACGACGGAGCUGCGUGUCGCCCCGACAGACGACUCUGCGGCUGUGACUCUCAUGUCUACCGAUGUUGAAGCAAUUAUCCGUGCUUGGCGCGAAAUUCACGAGUUCUGGGCCAACACGAUUCAAAUCGCACUCGCCACAUGGAUUCUCAGCACUCACCUCGGCUACGCGGCCUCUGGUCCGAUAAUCGUGUCGGUCUUCGCUCUAGGUGCCACUGUAUUUCUCGCCCCUUCUGCUCAAAAGUACCAGAUCAUCUGGGUUGAAAAGGUCCAGAAGCGCAUCGGCAUCACCUCGGCCAUGAUAGGCCACAUUAAGAGCAUCAAAAUGUCGGGCCUGACCCAGAAACUCUCCCAGACUCUGGCCGACCUCCGGCUCGCCGAGAUGCGAGCGGCGACUCCCUUCCGCGUGAUCGGCGCAGUCACGUCCGCCGUCGCCCAGGUACCCCUGAUGGUCGCCCCCGUCGUGGCCUUUGCCAUGUACACAACGAUUUCAUCUAAGGAAGGGCAAGUCCUCGACGCCACGAAGCUCUUCGCCGCGUUGUCGUUGAUCAUCCUGCUGGCCCAGCCGCUGUUUUGGAUGUUUGAGGUCGUUCUCGACAUGAGUGCGGCUCUGGGGUGCUUCAACCGGAUCGAAAAGUACUUGUCUGAACCGCCGCGGGCAGAAUAUCGAGAUUUUCCGUCGAGCUCACCCGCUAGCUCGUCUGAAAGAAUGGGCUUUUACUCUCAGGAUGUGCAACUUCAGAAUCUGGAGAGCAGCAACGGGCAGCGUCCAACAGACAGAAAGUUAGGUGACCCUAUCGCUAUUCGCGUGAAAGAAGCAACGUUGGCGUGGAAGCCCGAAACAAUUCCAGCUGUUGAUUUCGUUGACUUGAGCAUAUCGAAGGGACAACUCGUCAUGCUAGUGGGGCCUGUUGCAUCCGGGAAGAGUACACUUCUGAAAGGCCUCCUUGGUGAGCUGCCACACGUCACCGGAACGGUUGCCCUAUCCAGCGAUCGCAUCUCUUGGUGUGAGCAGAACCCCUGGCUCAUCAACGAUACCAUCCGAAGAAACAUCAUCUGCUUCUCUGACUUUGACCAUGAACUCUAUCAACAAGUCCUCAGUGCGUGCGAUCUUGAGAAGGACCUCGCUCAGCUCCCAGAUGGCGAUAAAACAUUGAUCGGAAGCAAGGGAAUUGCUCUAAGUGGCGGGCAAAAGCAACGCGUCGCACUUGCCAGGGCCAUCUAUUCACGCCCUCAAAUUGCUCUCUUUGACGACAUUUUCAGCGGGCUUGAUAACCAUACGGCUAGGGUAGUGUUCCAGCGCGUCUUUGGUACCAAGUAUGGAAUUCUCCGAAUCUGGGGAACCACUAUUGUGCUUGCGACUCAGUCAGGUAUCAACUUCUAA